AUGUUACUUAUAUGUUUAGUAAUUGGUAUAUAUUUUGGAUUUAUUAAAGUAUCUAAAAAUGUUAAAGAUUAUUUAAUUGGAAGUAAAGAUAUGACUGUAUGGCCAGUAACAAUUUCACUUGUUGUCAGCAUGGUUUCUGGAAUAUCAUUUUUGGGAUUACCAGCUGAAGUUUAUGUAUUUGGUAUACAAUACUUUUAUGUAAUAUUAAAUGAUGUAUGGUUGGCAAUCAUUGGUAAUUAUAUAUAUUUACCAGUUUUUAUGGAUUUGCGAUUAACUUCCAGUUUUGAGUAUUUAGAACUACGGUUUGAUAAGUGUUUACGACGACUUGGAUCCAUUUUAUACCUUAUUUGUAUGCUACUAUGGCUUGCAUGCGUAAUACAUGUUGCAGCAUUGGCUCUUAAUCAAGUAACUGGAAUAAAAACACAUACUAUAACACCAAUUAUCUGCGCAGUUUGCAUUUUCUACACUUCCAUGGGUGGAAUUCGUGCUAUAAUAUGGACCGAUUUCCUUCUUGCAUUUUUAAUGGUAUGUUCAAUAUUAUUGGUGUUAAUCAAAGCUACAUGGGAAGUUGGUGGAGUGGGAACAGUGGUCGAACGUAAUAUGGAUAGCGGUAGAUUGGAAUAUCCAGACAUGGAAUUAAGUUUAACGAAACGACUAACAUUUCCUACGAUAUUGAUUGGAGGAGCUAUAAAUAUAUUAAAUGAGGGAAUGGUUACUCAAGUUAUGAUGCAAAGAUACAUGUCAUUGCCUACACUAAAAGACGGUAAAAAGGUGACAUGGUUAUUUUUUAUAAUCAGAACGCUCCUCAUGGGAUUAUGUGCUUGUACAGGCCUUGUUAUAUAUGCAACGUAUUUCAAUUGCGAUCCUGUUUCAACGAAUAUUGUGUCUGCUAAAGAUCAACUUUUACCAUUAAUAGUUGUUGAUACUUUAAAAGAUUUCCCUGGCGCAGCUGGAUUAUUUUUAGCUGGUGUUUUUAGUGCAUCUUUGAGCUCUUUGUCUGGUGGUUUAAAUUCAUUAGCUACGGUGAUUUUGGAAGAUUGCGUUAAGCCUGUUUUUACGCAAUUGACGCCAAAACAGGAACAAAUUAUUGUCAAAUCAGUGGUUUUGGUUACAGGAGUUUUUACAGUUGGAUUAGCUACUAUAGUAGGAAGAUUGGGACAAAUAUUACAAUUAAGUGUAACGUUAGAAUCCAUUACAUAUGGUCCUUUGUUUGGUAUGUUUACUUUGGGUAUUCUAUUUCCAUGUGCAAAUGCCAAGGGAGCAUUUUAUGCAGGUUUAAGUGGACUAUUCUUUAUGGGAUGGAUUGGUGGUCAAUCCAUGAUAGCAUCAUCAAAUAUACAUUACCCGGAGAAACCUGUUUUCACAGAUGGUUGUACAUUUAAUAUUACAGAGCCUUUAGGCCCACCUCCAACACUGGACGACUACGAUGAAACGAAUUUAUUCUUUAUGUAUCGAAUAACAUUCGUAUUGUACACGACAAUGGGUACAAUAUUUACAAUAGUCAUUGGUUUAAUAAUAAGUUACUUUACUGGUUUUAAUAAAAUUGAGGAUGUGAAUCCUUUACAUUUAGCACCGUUCUUGAGACCAAAAAUUGUUGAUACUAAGACAUUUGAAAAUAAGCGGCAAUACGUUGAGAAAGUCGAUACAAAUAUCUGUUUGGAAGAAGCUGUUGAUUUAUUGAACAAAACAAAAAGUUCAAGUUGUACAGAAAAAUAAAAUUACCACACAUUAACGAAAGAAAAAACGUAUUUAUGUUGGCUUCUGGUAAACUACGAGGUCAAAAUAUCUUAUGACAAAUUUUCCAUUUACUGUUUAUACAGACCGAUUUUGCAUUUUAAAACAUGUCCUCUAUCUCUUUGUAUUUUGAGAAUUUAAAUGCAAUUGUUUUCUUAUGUUCUAAAAACAUGUUAGGGUGUGCAGAAUUAUAGAAAAU